CCAUUAUUGUUUCAUUCGCUUGCUUAUUGGUCUAUCCUCCAUAUGGCCGAUCCACGGCAUACCUUCUCUUGCGGUAUGGAUGAUGGGUGCAAAGGCUGACGUAGCUUCUUCGUAAACUCUCUUUGUACGAAACGCGGAAAUCCUAAUUUCGAAAAGGUCAAAGUUGCACGCGCAACCCCUUAAGUCCGCUCUGUCACACAAAGAAUACCUUCAUCGAGUUCCCAUCAUACUGUAUGGCUGAAUCUAUCCUCAAUCCCAUUUGAUACUAGCUUUACUGGAAGCGCAGCACUUAGUAGGUUGUUUUUCAACGAUGUGGUGCCAUCUGAACUUUUGUGAGGUGUAUUUACGGUGCUACUACCCGUGGGCAAACGGGCUCCUCGUCUUGUUUGUCUCAAGCUGAUUUCUAUUUGCUUAUCUCACACCCUUCCCCCGAAAAGCCUAGUCCCUCUCAAGCUCAGAACGCGCCACAUUACACUUUCUCUCUCUGAGCUUUCCUUUUUGUUCCUCUCGUGUAUUUUCAUGAUCCGUACCUUUGCAAAGUCUUUUGAGGAUGUCUGUCGUUUUCCCAUCUGUGAUGAAGACCCCUUUAUGGGGAGUCUUGAUGGUUGUCUUCUUGGUAUGGUCGUUACAUACGUUGGAUGCUGGGUCUAUGAGGGAGACCAUUAUUGUAAGCGGAACUCAUCUUACAAGUCCUAAUCAGUUACUUACUUCUUUAAGCGAUCCGAGACAUUUUCAUUGAAAAGCGGUGCAGGAAAAUCGAAAAACAUUUCUUUGGAAACAGUCGAGAUGAACCCCAAUAGGCCGCUGAUUCUCUACGCCUAUUCCGAAGAGGAAACCGCCCGCGAAAACUUCAAAUUCUUCCUUCGACAUGGUCUUCACGGUGCCGCAGAUUUCGUCUUUAUCAUCAAUGGAGAAAGUGACAUUGUAGAAUCUAUCCCUAAAGAGCCCAACUUCCGCGUCGUCCAAAGACCAAACGAAUGCUACGAUAUCGGCGCCCACUCAGAGGUCCUCCAAAAGGACAAUUUGUAUAAGAAAUACAAAAGAUUCAUCUUACUGAACGCCAGUAUCCGCGGCCCUUUCUCUCCACAAUGGGCAAAUGGUUGUUGGUCAGAUAUGUACCUAGAACGGCUCUCGAAUGAAGUCAAGGUACGAAUAUCCAUUUGCUGCAUCACCUGAAAGGCCAUACUAACCGCAUCACAGCUCGUAGGUAUGACUGCCAACUGCGGGCCAUCAUUCCACGUCCAAUCCAUGAUCCUCGCCACCGACAAAGAGGGCAUGGAAACGCUGCUCCACCCCACCGAAGAAGCCCUCACGAUUUAUAAAGCAAACCCGCCCAAUGAGGCCUUCCCAGUCGAAUUCGAAAAGGACCAAACACCCGGAAUAAACGGCUGCUUCAAGACCUACGCCCACGCCGUGAAAGCAGAGAUCUCCAUCACCUCCCUCAUUAGAGCGGCGGGGUAUAAAUACGACGUCAUGAUGAGUGCGUUCAAGGGGAUGGCAGAUUACGAACAUACUUGUGAUCCCAAUGUGGGCGAUUUGCUGUGGGAUAGGAGGUAUUAUGGGAUCAAUGUUCAUCCGUUCGAGACGGUUUUCAUCAAGAGUAAUCGGGAUAUUGAUCCGCUUGUUGUGCAGCGGCAUACUGAGUGGGCGGCUGGAAGAGGGUAUACGAGUUAUGAUCACUGUAAGGGUGAUUGAAUGUCGACUUGGCAAGUAAGAAGGUAUACCAUGGAAGGGCUACUGGUUAUAGGAACUGGAUGUGUGGACUACCUGGGUUUGGGGGUUUUUGAUUGGCAUUUUCGAGGAGCGUUGGCAUUUCGUUUUUGGUUAUUUUACUCCCUGGUCAGAUGGUGGGAGUUUGCGACGAUGGCCAGCUGUCUUUGAGCGACAUUUAUAUGGCCUUGUUUGGGUUCUUGGAGCGGUAGAUUACAAAGGGAUUGUGGGUUUUUAUGGGAACCUUUAGGAGGGGAUGCGGAUGAUACUGAUUGUUUUGAUAGGCUGGUGUAUACAUGUACUUUAGAUUAGAUCGGAUGGGUUUGAUACCUCUUUUAGAAGGAAAGGGAAAGGGCCGGGGAGAGGGUCAUUUACUAGGUACCUAUCAAGUGAAAAUAAUAAAGACAG